CAGUCGUUGCAUUAGCCUGUUAUCUCCAAACCAAAACACAGAGGAUGUUUUCGUGUUAAAUCUCCAAGGAAUCGGAUAUAAUCUUAGAUAUCACUUUGACUCUGCCCGGUCAAGUUACCUGUUGUCUCUCUGUGCUUCUCAGACGACUGAGAAGUAGCUAAACGGCCGAACGACAGACAUGGAGGACCCAGGUGGUACAGGAGCAGAGUCUGCGGCUCCAUCACCAGCAGGUGCAUCCAAGUCAAAGCUGGACACACUGUCCAAAGAUGAUCUCAUCAAGUUUGCCAAGAAGCAGAUGGCUGCCAUGCAGAAAAUGAAGAGCAGAUGUGCAGAUUUAGAAAAAGAUGUUGAAGCUCUCAAACAGCAAUCCAAAAACAGUAACAGCAGUUCAGAUGACUCCACACUGAUACAGGAGCUGACUGAGAGGAUGGAUGCCUUACUACUGGAGAAGGCAGAAAUUCAGCAAGGUCUUGCGCUGUCUCGUAAAGAUCUAGAGAAAGCGAAGCAGCAAGCUAAGGAUGAUCUAGCGGUGCUGCAAAGAGAGCUUGAUCGUGUGUUAGAAGACCACCAAAGGAAGAUCAAGACCCUAGAGAACAGUAUUGAGGAAUCCAACAAUAAACACCAAGAUGAAGUAGCUUAUUUCCAGAAAUUACUGAAAGAGCGAGAAGAGAGUGACAGGGAGAGGGAGAGUGAAAGAGAACGGGAGCGCCAAGCUGAACACGCCAGUGCAAAAGAGGCCACCGAAGAAGCCCACCGUUGCCUAGAAGUUCAGCUGCAAACACUUAGAGCUGAACUGGAGGCGAUCCAAGAGCGAAAAUCCCAGGAGGUUGCUGAGCUACAGGAGAGCCACCAAAGGGAGUUGACAGAGGCCCAGCAGGAGGUGGAGAACCUGAAGGAGGAGCUGGCUCAGAAGAUUCAGCAGCAUGAGGAGGAAAUGAGGGCUCUGGAGGAGGACUGCGAGAUCGAGAGGGAGCGCCUCCUGUUGCUUCACGAAGAGCUGACGGAGCAGCUCGCUCUCAAAGACAGCUAUCUGCAGGAUGUGCAAGAAGAAGAUGAGGAACCUGCCCAAGGUUCAGGUAUCGCCAAAAUGCUGGAGCUCUCUGGCUUAAGUCAGGGCGACUCCAGCCAUGGUGAUGGAGAGGAGAUGGGGAGACUGAGAGCGGCUUUGGAAGACUUUCAAGCCCAGAACACCAUGUUACAGGACGAGCUCACCCUGCUCAGUAAUGUGAAGAGCGACCUGGAGGCUGAGCUGGAGAGGGCCAAGGAGGAGUUCCAGAUGGAGAGAGAAGAGCUGGAGUUCAAAAUCAAUGAGCUACAAAUGACCAGGGAAGGUGCUGCCACUGACACUGUGAUGACUCUCGACCCUGACCAACAAGAGGUCCACGGGGAAUCCAGAGAGUUAGCAGUGAAUCCGGAGGAGCAGCAGAAGUUGAACCAGGAGCUGAGUGACCAGUGUGAGACCUUGACCAGGGAGAGAGACUCUGCCCUGGCUGAGUGUCAGCACAUGAGGGACAUACUUCAAGGUGUGGAGACAGAACUGGGUGAGAAGAUUAAAGAUUUUGAUCUUCAGUACAAAGCCAUGAAGGAGCAGGGGGCUGGUACCAUACAAGAACUCCAAGACAAGAUCAAACAACUCAGCCAGGAGAGAGAUGAACUGCUGGUGACGGUCAGAGAGGUGACAGAGGAGAAAAACAAUCUGAUGGAGAACAUGACAGACCAGAAGCUGAAGCCUGAAGGUUCCCCAGGUGAGCACCAGAAACUCCAGGCAUCUUUAGAGGAACAAACAGCUUUAGCCUGUGAGCUGAAGCAGUCUGUGGAGGAGCUGACCAGGCAGAAUGAGGAGAUCCUCUCCCAAAUGCAGAUGAACAAAGACAUGACUCAAGACCUUAAAAAGAUGGUCAAUACACUGACUGAAGAGCGAGACAAAAUACAGUCCCUGCUCCAGAUGCGAGAAGAGGAAUUGCAAAAGCUGAAUGAAGAGAGAGUAAAGGAAUUCAAGAGGCUGCUGGAGGAGAAAGAGCAAGAGGCGCUUUUGCUGAGAGAGGAGAAAGAGAAUGAGCUGAAAGGCUUGAAAAUGGGGAAAGAGGACGAAGUGCAACAUCUGAAAGAGGAGAGGGAAAAGAUAGAAGAGAUCCUAAAAGAGGAGGUGGAAAAAAGGAGGGAGACAGUUUCUGCUUUGGAGCUGACUAUCAAAGAGAUCUCCACAGAAAAGGCUGACCUCCAUCAGAAACUGGAAGAGGCAACCUCAGGGCUUGCCAAAGCCCAGGAAGAGAAGGAGCUUUUGGGCUCCAGGCUGGCAACUCUGGAGGCUCAGCUGGAACAGGAGACAUCUGAAAAGCAUCACCUAGAGGUCAAAUUGACAUCAGUGGCAGAGGAGGCACAGCAGGCCCACACCACCAUCAGAGCUCUGGAAGAAAAUCAGAAUGAAGUACUCAGAAAUUCCACCGAUGAGGCUGAGGAGCUCAGAGUACGCAUAGAUGAGCUGGAAAAGGAGAGGGAUCUUUUGAGGAGUAGUCUUGAAGAGGCGAAAGGGGAGAGAAGAAUUGAGGAGGUGCAAAAGGAGCUCCAGGCCCACAUCAGAGACCUGGAGCAGGAGAGGAACGUGUUGAAAAACAACCUGGAGGAGGCGGUGAAGGACACCGAAGGGCUGCAGAAAGACCUGAGGGAUAUGAAGUCAGUCAGCGAGAAGAUUAGUGAGGAGAACCAGAAACUGCAGACUCAGAUUUCUCUGAUGACUGAAGAGAAAGAAGAGAAGGAGAAAGGGGAAAUGGAGAACAUGGAGAAGGAGAGAGGGGAAUACAGAGAACAGCUGGCAGAGAAAGACUCACUCAUAUCUCAGUUGAGGAGUGAGAUGGCUGCUCUCCAGGAGUCUGCUGCCCAGUCUGCUUCCUCUGAGGAAAAUGUAGGCAAUGAGAUCACAAAUAAAAUAGCUUUCCUGGAGAAAGAAAACAAAGAGAAGGACGAGAAGAUGAACAAAAUCAAGGCGGUUGCUGUCAAAGCAAAGAAGGAGCUGGACAUCAGUAAGAAAGAGGUUGCAACCCUCAAGGAGGAAGUACAAUCACUGAAAGCAGAGAGGGACAAAGUGAACAGCUCAAUGAAAGACAUCAUCCACGGUGCUGAAGGCUACAAGAACCUGCAGAUAGAUUACGACAGGCAAACAGAGCAACUGGAUAAGGAGAGAGAGAAGGUGGAGACGGCAGAGAGACAGAUUGCGGAGCUGACCAAGCGACUCAGCAGUGCUGUCACACAGAAGGAGACACUGAGCAGUGAGAAAGAGGACCUGCUGACUGGUAUGGAGACCGUGAGGAGCACAGUGAGGCAGCUGGAGGCCCAGAACCAGGAUCUGCAAAGACAGUCAGCCAGUCUGGACAAAGACCUGCUGGCUGAGAGAGCUAUGAAAGAGCAGAAGAUAAAGGACUUGUCAUCUGCCAUGAAGGAGGUAGAAGAGCUGACAGCCCAGCUCCGCAAGCAGCAGGAGCAGUCUCAGCAGACUGCCCAGGAGCUGGAGCAGCUACGCAAGGAGGCGCAGCAGAACUCACUGCUGGACAUGGAGAUGGCCGACUACGAGCGCUUGGUGAAAGAACUCAACGCCAAACUCUCGCAGAGGGACGAGUGUACUGAGGAGCUGAAGACUCAGAUAAACACACUCACCCAGAAAGAGGACACACUCAAGCAGGAAAUUGAGGCUUUGAAGUGCCAGUUGGACCAGGGGGAGGAGAAGACCUCCAAGAUGAAACAGCUGCUAGUGAAGACCAAAAAGGACUUGGCCGAUGCCAAGAAACAGGAGAGCUCCCUCAUGAUGCUGCAGGCUUCUCUGAAAGGAGAGCUGGAAGCUAACCAGCAGCAGCUAGAGAGCUCUAAGAUUGAGGCGUCUGAGCUGAUCGCAGAGCGCCAUCGUCUGCAGGAGCAGCUCAAGUCUGCGUUGGAACAGCAACAAAGAACCAGCAGCUCCCUGCAGCAACGUAUCAGCAGCCUGCAACAGGAAAGAGACACUGCUAAGUCUGAGCUUUUGGCAACAACAGGCGAGUUUGAGAGCUACAAGGUGCGAGUUCACAAUGUUCUCAAACAACAGAAGAACAAAAGCACUGCUCAGAGUGACGGAGACUCUGGAAAACUAGAGAGGGAGCAGUUGUCCUCUCAGGUAGAACAGCUGAGGUCCAGGCUGGCAGAAAACCAGCAGAGCCUCCACAGCAGCACAGCAGAGCUGCAGCAGCUCCAGACUGAGCAUGACACUCUUCUGGAGAGACACAAUAAAAUCCUCCAGGAAACGGUUAGCAAGGAGGCGGAACUCCGCGAGAGGCUGCUGUCAUUGCAGUCGGAAAACGUGACUCUGCGAUCAGACUUGUCCCAGGCUCAGGCUGACCUGUCGUCUCAGGUCGAGGCCCAGCGCCAGACGUACAGGGAGCAGCUGAGGAAGCUGCAGGACGACCACCGAGCCACUGUGGAGACCCUGCAGGGCCAGCUGACCCGUGUUGAGGAGCAGCUCUUCAACCUACAGAGCCAGAACAGUUCAGUGUCGGUCCAGUCCAGCCGUAAGCCUCUGGCAUCAGACCCUCAGCGCAGAAACACAGAUCAAAACCAGGCAGGGCUGGGGUUAGUGGCCCUCAGUGACCUUCAGUCUAUGGCCAGGGAAGAAGGUGAGGGUAUGGAAACUACUGAGACUGAGAGCCCCUCUCCUGCACUUACACCCCUACCCUCUUUGGAGCAGCUUCUCACUUCUCCGGAUCCCAAACAAGAGCCAUUUGUGUGGACGGUGGAGCCGACCAAAGAAGAGCUGGUUCAAAAGCUGACCACAGCCACCCGCAGCAUGGAGCAUAUGAACAGCCUGCUGCAUGAAACUGAGGCCACCAAUGCUGUUCUCAUGGAGCAGAUCACUUUGUUGAAGAGUGAAGUGCGUCGUCUAGAGCGAAACCAGGAGAGGGAGAAGAGCGUGGCCAACCUGGAGUAUCUGAAGAAUGUGCUGUUGCAGUUCAUCUUCCUGCGAUCUGGCAGCGAGAGGCAGGCGCUCCUUCCCGUUAUUCAUACUAUGCUGCAGCUCAGUCCAGAGGAGAAAAGCAAACUGGCUGCCAUUGCACAAGGUGAGGAGGAGGGGUCUGGGGCUCGGGGCUCAGGCUGGACUUCUUAUCUCCACAGCUGGUCUGGAAUCAGAUAGACUUGAUGACCAACUAAAUCAGCAAAUAACUGGGAGCACAGUGCUGAGAUGUUACUGGGCCUUUUUCUGUGAAAACCUGUACCAAGCGGUUACGCUGCAUACUCAAACCAAUGGGAAAUGACUGGGAGGUUAACUGGGGCAUUUACAAAACCUUUGGGACAUCAUAGAAAGGACCAGGGAAUGUGCAAGAAAAUAAUGAAAAGGCAUGGGGUAGAGAUUAAACCAAAACAUCUGAGAUGAUUAUUGAUCGAAUUAGCAGUGCAAUAGGUUCAUCAGUCUCUUACCAGUGAAUGUUAACUGUGACAUGGUUCUGUCUUCCAUAUUCUUACGAUUGACAUGUACCUAUAACAUUUACUGGACAUGGUUCCACUUCCUAGAAGUGAAGCUCGUAGGGCAUCUUUAUCACAAUGAAAAUAUUGUGAAUAAAUAUAUCAAACACAUUGGGGUAUAUCAUGUUGUAAGAACAACAUUGUAUAAUACAUAUGAUGUGCACAAACUGUGGGGAAAGAAUUAAUCAAGAGGGUAACAAUGUAGUUAAUGGCCUAAUAUAAUGUGAAUAUAAUAUUCAGAUGUUUGAUUCCUUUUUUACUUAGGCUCCUAAUGGGCUUGUACUGGGUAGCACAGUACACGUCAAGGACUUUACUGGUGUUUUAGGUGUUUCGGUUCAAAUAGCACACAUGCUUAACAAACUGUUUAAGGGCAUACUUAGGUAUUGGAAGACUUUUGAAUGUGUUUUCACUUCCUUAGAGCCAGCCAUUUUUCUUUUCAUUCCUUACUGUAUGAAAAUCAAUAUGAAGCAACCUAUACUUCAUUGUGCUUUGGAAAACAAUCAGCAGUUUGUGUGAAUUAUUUAAUGGGCUAAAACAAACCAAACCACUGCUGUGGUCCAUUUUAAGUCUUACCAGAAUGUCUAUCAUAAAAUCACUUCACAUACAAAGAAGUACAUAUCUAACAUUCCCAGGUUCAUCUGACAACAUGACUGACAGAGCAAUAUCAUAUAUAGUGUAUUUGCACUUUUUCUGACUCAUUUUGCAGCUGUUCACUAAUGCCUCGAAUCUGGAAUCAGAAGCAGUUUCAUUCACCGAGUUUGUGGUUUAUCAUACCCUUUAGUGAUGAGUGGUUUGGAAUUUUGUUGUGGUUUCUGUGUCAUUUGUUGUUACCGUUUGUUGCUGUUGUUAGUAUUUAAUACCAAACAAUUAUUUUCAUCGUUUCCAUUUCUGUUUUGGGAUUCCAUUAUGGUUUUGUUGGUUGUUGAGCUUCUGUUAAAUCUCUGAACGUGAGAGAUUUGUUGCCACUCCGUCUGAGGUCAGCUGUCUAGUUGAAGAACAGUCCCCGUGAAAGCAAGCACGUCCGCCCUGCUGAAGUGUUCUUGAGCAAGACUCCCUGUGCCAGACCCAUGGGUGCUGCUUUUUACAGUGUCUCAUCCUGACCUCUGACCUCCUUGUUGAGAUGGGAGUCCAGGGGACAUGAUUCCAAACAGAAGUCCCUCCUCCCCUUAAACACACAUCCACACACUUUUUCAUUACAUGAAUAUAUUUUUGCUCAUAUCCUACCAAUGAUGAAGAUAACUGUCCAGUUUGUUUUCUCAUUCCAGUGGCAGCUUUUCUGUGACUCCUUCAGCGUGAGUGAAUGUAUUUUUAUCCAAGCCUUUUAUAUUUAUGAUGGCUAAUGUCAGCAGAAGCUAUGAGAGAUUACAAUAACUGUAAAACAUUAUCCGUAUGAGUGAAUGAGGAUUUACUAUAUAUUAACUAGUUCGCUGGUGAACAUAUAGUACUCAGGUUUCUGCUGCAAACGGUAUUUACAUGAGGCAACGGCUGUUUCAGAGACAGUUCUGUUUUUGAUUUUUCUGGUUAAUUCCAACUGUAAACAAAAAUAAAGUCAUAAAUGAGAA